CGGGGCAGAGCGGCAGCAUCCCCGUUUGGGUGAGCGGCCACUUUAUAAGCAGCUCCUCUGGGACCGACAUGGCAGUCUCCUUUGCCUUGCUGUGGUCACAGGAUGGAAAUCUUCAGGUUCCCCUCAGCCACCUAAUCUCUCUAAUCCUUCUGUUCCAUUCAGAGGCAACUGGCAGUCCUCUUCAGGAAAAACCCUACAAGAUGCAAACCUUCAGAAUCUGGGACGUUAACCAGAAGGUCUUCUACCUGAGUAAUAACCAACUAGUCGCUGGGUACUUGCAAGCAGCAAACGCUAAAUUAGAAGAGAAGAUAUAUGUGGUACUCACUGAGUCUCCUGGUGGUAUGUUCCUGGGGAUCCACGAAGGGAAACUGUGGCUGGCCUGUGUCAAGUCUGGUGAGAAGAACACACUCCAGUUGGAGGAAGUUAACAUCACUGACGUGGGCAGGAACAAGGAAGAGGCCAAACGCUUCGCCUUCAUUCGCUCACAGAAUGGCUCCAUCACCAGCUUCGAGUCAGCUGCCUACCCUGGCUGGUUCCUCUGCACAGAAUCUGAAGGAGACGGACCUGUCAAUCUCACCAACAAGCCUGGAGAUACCACCAAGAUCACCCAGUUCUACUUCCAUGCAGAUCAAUAGUGCUGCCCACAUUUCCUCUUCACUCUACUUCUGGCUCCUGGAUGACUCUGGGGGCUACCUCUCCACCCCUGCUUGGGGUCCUCCUGUUAUCCUGUGGGGUAGGAGGAGUGGCUCACCCUUGGAAGAAGGUACAGACCCCUGGUAACUGACUUUGUCUCCAGCCUCCUCAGCUAAUGCAACCUCCAUGCUCCCUCCAGAAUAGUUUUUCUAAAAUGUAAACCGAAUCUUAACACUCCUCUGCUAACGCCCUUCAGUGUUACCUGUGCCUCCAGGAUAAAACGCUAACUUCUUCACUUGAGCCCCAACCACCUGCCCAGCCUGGGCACCCUCUGCUUUUCUUACCCCAACUCCUUCUCACCCACCACAGAUGCAUCUUGCCAUUCUCAGACCCCCACCAAGUGGCUCCCCCACCCUGUGUUGCAAAUUUGUACUUGUCUGUGAUGAAAUUUUGUAAGGGUCUAUGGCAAAAUGGAAAAUGAGGAUUUGGUGGUCAUUUUUAUGAAACCAACUUUAUUCACUAUGAAGGCGGCUCCUUUAUUUGGGGAGUAUGUCCUUUCUGGGAAGACGUGGUGGUAGAGAAUGAACACGUCCUUGCAAUUUUGAAAUAAUGGGGAAAGUAGAUGGUAGCAUUUGUUUUCUCUUAGUUGUUUUUGUAAUGUCACAUGUGUGAAAAUUAAAAGGUUGGCCUCCUAAUUUUUUUGUUUCUGAAACAUCCCUGUAAGUCUGGGCCCUGCUGUCCAAGACCCUGAGUACCAUCACCUCUCGAGGCCUUUGCAGCUGCCAGAAAUGCCUACCUCUCCCCAUGUUUGCCCUCCUAAACUUCACCAGCUCCCCAGGCCCAGCACAAAUGUGGAUCCCCAGGAUCACUUUGCUGAAGGCCCAAGAAGGAUGAGUUGCUCCUUGACCAUCUUAGCACUUCUGAGACUUGUAUGAAAGGUGGCCAUGCCUCUGUCUCCCCCUUCAGAUUGUGAGCUUCUGAGGACGAAGCACCCCUUAUGUGUCUGAGGUACUGCAGGGCGAGCACACGGCCUGGGUAGGCACUCAGUAAAGGUGUGUUGUGUGGGUUGAGUGGAA